UGCGCACAACUCUCAGAUUGGAUCGCGGGAAAAUAUGGCUGCUCCAAACUUGAACUGAUGUUCAGGCCGGAUUCCAUACAUAAUUUAGACUGUCACAACACAAAGAGACGUCCACAAGAUGAUCAUCUCAGCAUCAGAACCACAGGAGUUUGUGCCCUUCGGCCGUGAGUACACCUCCUGCCACCCUGAUGGCUUCGCACCGCCCUCCCCCACCAGAACGCUGGACGGCACGUCCAUCCGGGAACACGGUGUUCCCAUCAAGUCAUUCAGCGAGGUUUCCAUGGCAGACACGCCCAAGAAGGAGUUAUGGACCCUGCAGGCUGGUGGGGAUGGGGAGGUGUGUGAUGAGGAGUUGUACACCAGGGGGAACACUGUGGUAUGGAGCAGGGGAGGACAGAGUGCCACCAGGAUGGUCAUCAGGUCAUUCACUGUUCCUUCACCAGUCCAGGAGGCCUUGUGGUGCAGAUUUGAAUUUUCUCGUAUGGAGGCAAACAAACCAGUCAAGAAGUCAGAUAAAAAAGUGAUGUCAGGUAUUGCUGUUGUGGAGACUAGCUGUGUCAACAUCUACACCAAGGAGGGGGAGGAGUACAUUGCACCACUGCAGUUUCAGGCACAACACACAUGGUCUACUAAAUAUGGGCUACUGUUUGAAAGGAGUAUCUCAGAGGCAGAAAUAACUAGUCCUAAAAGGGGCUCGGAGGCCUUACCCAAGCUGUUCAGCAUGUGUCACCCACUGGACGAGUUAUGCCCGGUCGUCUGCAAGUACGGAGGGCCGCUUGGUGUUGGGAAACUAUCGUAUGUUAAUGACCCCAUGCAGCAUGUGGUGUUUACCAGUGCUGACCCCUCUCUCGUGAUGACCUAUGACACAGUUCUGGGUGUCCACUCUGUCUGGGCUCUGAGGACAGCUAAGAGCGAGACUGUCAAAACACAAAGAGACGUCCACAAGAUGAUCAUCUCAGCAUCGGAACCACAGGAGUUUGUGCCCUUCGGCCGUGAGUACACCUCCUGCCACCCUGAUGGCUUCGCACCGCCCUCCCCCACCAGAACGCUGGACGGCACGUCCAUCCGGGAACACGGUGUUCCCAUCAAGUCAUUCAGCGAGGUUUCCAUGGCAGACACGCCCAAGAAGGAGUUAUGGACCCUGCAGGCUGGUGGGGAUGGGGAGGUGUGUGAUGAGGAGUUGUACACCAGGGGGAACACUGUGGUAUGGAGCAGGGGAGGACAGAGUGCCACCAGGAUGGUCAUCAGGUCAUUCACUGUUCCUUCACCAGUCCAGGAGGCCUUGUGGUGCAGAUUUGAAUUUUCUCGUAUGGAGGCAAACAAACCAGUCAAGAAGUCAGAUAAAAAAGUGAUGUCAGGUAUUGCUGUUGUGGAGACUAGCUGUGUCAACAUCUACACCAAGGAGGGGGAGGAGUACAUUGCACCACUGCAGUUUCAGGCACAACACACAUGGUCUACUAAAUAUGGGCUACUGUUUGAAAGGAGUAUCUCAGAGGCAGAAAUAACUAGUCCUAAAAGGGGCUCGGAGGCCUUACCCAAGCUGUUCAGCAUGUGUCACCCACUGGACGAGUUAUGCCCGGUUGUCUGCAAGUACGGAGGGCCGCUUGGUGUUGGGAAACUAUCGUAUGUUAAUGACCCCAUGCAGCAUGUGGUGUUUACCAGUGCUGACCCCUCUCUCGUGAUGACCUAUGACACAGUUCUGGGUGUCCACUCUGUCUGGGCUCUGAGGACAGCUAAGAGCGAGGAAGUUGCAGGUCUGUCCAGCACUCACUACGGAGACACCUCCACCAUUCCCAGCAUGCCCAGCUCUCAUCAUGUGACCACCCCACUGGCAGGCCUGAGCUCCAGUACGCAGUCCCGCCUCAGUCUGAGCCAGUCUCCGAGCCUGUCGCCCGCGUACAGGACCUACAGCCGACCAAGUACGCCAGGCUUAUCGUCAAGGUCUCACUCACCGGCUGUUCUCAGUCACAUGGCCACUCUCAGCCGCUGUCAGUCCCCAGCACCAAACAACAGCAGUUCCUCCAAAUCUCUCAGCUACUCCAUCUCCUCCCCGUGGGUCUCACGAUCGCCCGCAAACAUGGCCAGAACCCCGGCCUCCUCUUGCAGCUUCGCCUCACCUGGACGCACCUUUGAGUCGUACCUGGAGAUGCCGACGCCCCUCACACCUGAGGUCUGCAUGGACCAUGUCUGGACAGAGACUAUGACAGGGAGAAGGGAUGGUGUUCAGGGCCAGGCCUCCAAGGCAUUCCUGAUGUCAGAUGUUUGCAGACAGAAGUUCCUCUGUUAUUUGAUAGACAAGAAGCAUGAGCUCAGAUGUGUGAAGUUUGAGCCAAGCAAUGACAACAGACAGCUCAUCUUUGGUGCCAUUACCAAGAUCAGUGCCAGGGAUGCCAUAGCAUUACAGAGUCUGAAUAUGAUGAUAGUGUUGGAUCUACAUGGAAGUGUUGUGUUGUAUACUGGAACAAGCAAGGUAGGUAAGGUUUACCUGGCCAGCCUCAGCACCAGCCAUGGCCUGUCCCUCUCCACCUCUCUCCCUCGGGCCGGCACUCCACUGGAUAGUCCGGUACCAGGCACCUCCAGCCGGGCACCCAGCGCCAUGAACAUACACGAGGAGGUAGUUCUCCUGUCCCCAGUACCAGAGUUGGGAAACUCCUCCAAGCUCCAGGGCUCCACCUUCAGCGAUGACUUCUCCUUCCACACCGGCAUACACAUCAACCAUGUCAGGGAUCCUGUGGCCAACAGGUUCACUCUGGAAUUGAAUAAUGGGAAACUUUGCAGCACGUCUAUUCCAGAGAUGGCAGCAUCUCCUCUUGUGAAAGCCUGUCUGGCAGCUUUGAGGACACUGCUUCCUAAGGACAUUGCUGUACAGCUGUUUGUGAAGUGGUACACUACCCACAAUGCCCCUGGAUCCCCCAGCCAAUCAGAAUGGAGCCUGUUUGUCAGCUGUCUGCUGAGCAUGAUGGGAUACAACACAGGGCGACUGUCUCUCACCAACCCCAACCUCAGGUCUGAGUUGAACAGCUCUAUGUCACCGGUCAUUGCAGCCAAGAAGGCUCGUUCCUCAGAACAGGGCAGCAAUGAGGACUGGGAUUACCUCCUGAGCUCCACCUACCACCACAGCCUGUCCCCGCGUGUACGCGACGCCCUGACCCUGAAAACGGAGGGCCCGCUCUGUAUCCGUGACGACGUGGAGAUGCAGGAGCCGGCCACGCCCGUUCUGGACCCAUCCGACAGUCUGUUCCCCCACAUGCCCCUGGUGCUGUCUGCUCUACAUCUUGUGUAUGAAGACCAGAAGCUGCAUGGUUUGUCCCACCCUGAGCUGGAGCAGAUUGCAGCCAUGCUGUGUCAGUUGGCAAGUGAUUUGGGUCUUGAGGCUUAUAUCGACCACUACUGCAGAGACUUCCCCUCUGUGGGUAUUUAUGCUGUCGCUCCCAGUAACAUCAGUCAAAGUGCCAAGAACCAGCUCCAGUUCUCCUCUUCCUUCCAAAACAGGCCUCCCAGCAUCCUUCGCUGGUUGUAUCAGUGCAUGCUGGGAAGGCCUGUGGAACCAUUUCCGCAUGUUGCUGGAGUCUGUGACAAAACCAAGAAUGUGAUCAUGCUUUACUCCCUGUACUUCCAACCCCUGAUGAAGGAAGAGUCUGGAGGGUUUCGUGAGGAGGGGUUGUUUGUCAAGAGACUGUCAGCUGCAGGACACAGGGAUGGUGUUCCUCGGCAUAGAGGCAUUAGCCUCAACUUUAAACAGAAGUACCGGCUGGGAGAACGUGUUGUGCUACACAUGACGGAGAUCGGGAUGACCACGGAGGAUCUGGAGAUGUUGCCGUUUGGUGUUGCCCUUCCUCUCCGGGUGGCCAUCCACGAGUGUCGCUGCAGCAUGCCCACAGACUUCCCCGCUGCAGCGUACAAACUCAUCGGAAGUCAGCAGAGUUUAGGUAUGCAGUUGAAGUCUAAGGGCAAAGGACUUGUCAAAACAACACCAGAGGAGAAUUUAUUCACAGCAACAGAAGAGGAUGAUGGGAUGGUUACCCUUGACCAAGAGCUGCUGAAGCUGAGGUUCCCAGACGACCUGCGGGUCCAGGAGGUUCGCAAACUGCUGCAGUCAUCUAAACCUGCCACGGUGCACGUGGUGCAGAAACCUGAAGUCAGUGACCAUGACUACCUGGAGGAGCAGGAGAUGAAGCUGCUGUCUGUGUGUCAGAGGACCAUGGCUCUGCCUGUGGGAAGGGGAAUGUUCACCUUGUGCACCUACCACCCGGUCCUGACUGAGCCUCUACCCAUCCCCAAACUCAACCUGACUGGCAAGGCUCCGGCACCCAGAACCACGACCAUUGAGCUGUCUAGAAUAGAGGUUCCUACCAACAUGAACAUGUGGCCAUCCUUCCACAACGGGGUCGCAGCAGGACUCAAGGUCGCUCCCGAGUCAUCAAAGAUUGAGUCCUCGUGGAUCGUCUACAACAAACCAAAGAGUGCUGAGCUGACCAAUGAGCAUGCAGGAUUCCUGAUGGCGCUGGGUCUGAACGGUUACCUGUCCAACCUGAACACUCUGAACCUGCACGACUACCUGAACAGGGGUCAUGAACUCACCAGUGUAGGGGUGCUGCUGGGGGUGGCAGCUGCGAAGAGAGGCACAAUGGAUGCAGCCACCACCAGGAUGCUGAGUAUCCACGUGCCGGCAUUGCUCAUCCCCACAACAACUGAGCUGGACAUCGCUCACAACGUACAGGUCGCCGCGGUGAUGGGGGUGGGGCUGGUGUACCAGGGAACUGGACACAGGCACAUGGCAGAGGUCCUGCUGCAGGAGAUAGGAAGGCCCCCUGGCCCUGAGAUGGAGAACUGCACAGACAGGGAGUCCUACUCACUAGCAGCCGGGCUGGCCCUGGGCAUGGUGACAUUUGGACUUGGAGGAGAAAGUGGGGGCCUGGCUGAUCUGAACAUGGCUGACCAGCUGUACCACUUCAUGGUGGGGGGACACAAGAAACCACUGAUGGGACCACAAAAGGAUAAGUUUAAGUCUCCAAGUUAUUCAAUCAAGGAGGGAGACCAGGUGAACAUCGAUGUGACGGCAUCAGGGGCAACCAUAGCUCUAGGCAUGAUGUUCUUCCGGACUAACAACCAAUCUGUUGCCCAGUGGUUGUGUCCUCCCGACACACAGUUCCUCCUGGAGUUUGUCAGGCCAGACUUCCUCAUGCUCAGGGUGAUUGCCAAGGGACUAGUCAUGUGGGACAGUAUCCAGCCCACUAAGGAGUGGAUCUGGGGAAAUAUUCCCAAGAUUGUGGAGCAGUUCGCCUUCAAACAGAAGAAAGAAGAGGUGCAAGCACAAGCUGCAGCCCUGGGGAUAGACUAUCAGACAGUCAGUCAAGCCAAGGCCAACAUCGUGGCAGGAGCCUGUCUGGUCCUGGGCCUCAGGUUUGCAGGGACAGCCAACCAGGAAGCUUACCAGACUCUGUUCUCCUUUGCCAAUGAUGUCAUCUUGCUGACAAGGAAGCAGUCCCUGGUUGAGCAGGCUGGCCGGCACAUUGUGGAAGCCUGCCUUGUGGUGAUUGUGGUUUCUCUGGCGCUGGUGAUGGCAGGGACGGGUGACCUGGGCGUCCUGCGCAUCUGUCGGCACCUGCACCACCGCAUGCUGCCGGACAUCACCUACGGGAUGCACAUGGCCGUCCACUCUGCACUGGGACUGCUGUUCCUGGGAGGGGGAAGAUACUCCCUGAACACCAGCCCUGAGUCUAUAGCUGUUCUGCUGUGUGCUCUGUUCCCUAAGUACCCUGCUCACAGUAAUGACAACAGGUACCACCUGCAGGCCCUCAGACACCUGUAUGUUCUGGCUGCAGAGCCACGACUGCUGCUGCCACGAGACGUGGAUACCAACAAGGCCUGCUACACAAAACUGCAGCUUAUUUUCAAGGUAUCCAGUUGGCACAAAGAGUGCAGUGUGGAGACCAUGGCUCCCAGCAUCCUCCCCGAGAUCAGCAGACUCAGACAGCUUUCCAUUCUGGGCCCCAGAUACUGGCCAAUCACCAUCGACACCCAAAAGAAUGCUGACAUGCUCAGGGAACUUCUCAAGAAUGGAGGAGUGGUGUACGUUAAACAGAGAGCUGGUCACAUGUCCUUCUCAGAUGAUCCAAAGGGCUUCAGAAGUCUUCUUGCUCAGAGCUCUAUUGGUGGAGAGUCAAGACACCACUCAGUUACAACAGAAGAGGUGAAGUCCUUUUCGUCAGACCCUAAUGUUGAGGCAUUUGCUGACUACUUCUGUACAGGCAAGACAGACACAGAAAAGGAGCAGGAGAAGCUGUCCUGUGUGGCCUCCCUGUUGUAUGAGUGCAUUACCCAGGAGAAACCUGACCUGGUGCCCACACACCUGGCAGCCAUGCAGGUGGUAGACAGUCUGCAGGUGUGUCCUAGCUCCUUACAGCUGGCCCAGGUGCAGCUGCUGCUGGCCUUCCAUCAGGCAGCCCAACAACAAGGUGACGACAGGGUCAGGCCGUUGCUAAGUGACGAGUUCUUACUCAGCAUGAGGAGUAAGAUUGACAGCUGCCUGGACCAAUGGCUGAAAAGCUCUGGCCAUGCUGUUAGGAGGUAUGUCCGUGAAGGAGUCAUUGCCCCCGACGAUGGCCUGCUGUCCUGUUUCCUGGUGUUCUACAGCAUUCCUCCUCAUCACCAGCUGGUACAGGCAGGCAUCUCCAUGGCAACAGAUGGCUCCCUCAGUGUUCCUGAGCUGGUGCUGAGACUAAAGGAAUUAAGUCUUCCCACCUCAAGUCUUAUCAAGAUGCUGUCUGCUCUGUCUUUAAGUCAACCAACAGAGACUACUUCAAACAGAUAGCAGAGAUAUAGAAUUCCCACCAGUCUGAUAAAGAUGUUAUCAACCCUGUCUGUAAGACAGACAGAUACAUGUAGCACUGACAGGUGUUACUGGGACUCUCAUCUCUGGUACUUAUGUCAUAUGAUAUAUAUCUUAGGAUUUAAGAUCAAGGUAUCCUAACAUCCCCCAUUUCUUAGCAAUGAUAUAGUUUAUAGGUAUUAAAAGAAACAAUGGAUCAUUGCUGAUAAUCUUUGUCCAAGCAUGACUAAAAUUUUAUGUGUACAUGUAAAACCACCAUGAUAUAAAACCGUUCUAUAACAAUCAAUGGCAGGAGAACACUGCA